ACAAACCACUUUGCCGGACCUUUCCUCACCUCUGCAACUUUCCAUCAGAGUGCCUGCAGCAGCCGCAGCCAUGCACAUCCACACGCACCUCGCCCGCAUGGCUCUCCUCUCGCUCGCCACGUUACCGCUGCUGCCCUCUUGCCGCCCUCUUCACCUGCCCGAGCCCCUGGGCUUCCGAGAAUCUUUCCCUGCGGCCGCAGCUGCGACUCGCCAGCAAGGGGCAGUGAUCCCGGGCGGUCUCCUACCCUCCUCGUCAUCAUCGUCAUCUUCCCCGGGGCAUCACGCGGCUCGCUCCGUGCAGCAAAGCGAGGAGCCCUUGAACCACAUCGUGAAGGAGCUGCGAGGAGUCGACAAGAACAAGGGCGGAUUCAGGUUCCGCUUCGGCCGUGGAGGGGACAGAGAUGAUGAUGAUGAUGGAGGGAGCCGUGGCGGAGGAGGAGGAGGAGCAGCAGCGGGAGGAGAAGACGCCGUGAUCCAGGCGUGGGCGACGCGGCGAGGGAGGAGACGGUGUCUCAUGGCCCUCCUGCUCCUGCUCGCCGCCAGAGAUCGGGUGGCCGGGAGGAGAGGCGCGGGAGGGAGGAGAGCCAGGGACGAGUCCCUGGGGUCCGUGGUCGGGUUCCUGAGCCACAAUCGGCAGAAGGGAGGGUUCAAUUUCAGGUUUGGUCGAGGGGCUGUGAUGAUGGGAUCGAGGCAUUCCUGAGUGUGUAGGGGACACGGAGAGAGAGAGUGUGUGCUGUGCACGCACGUACACACAUGCAUGCAUCAUUGAAGACAAAUACAAAGGUUCACCGUGUAGUCUUAACGGACGUUUGGGGCAAGUGCUGUUAGCGAGCACUUGCCCCAAAAGCAC